UUGGGUGGCUGUCUGAGUCCUGUUAAAAUGGGUUGGAUUGGUUGAUGGGAUCUUAAUCCUACCAGCAGAUCACAGCUAAUACUUGGGUUUUUAAGCCUUUCUGUUUGAAAAUGGAUUAUUGGGCCGGUCUGUGGUAGGUUCAUCUAGCCAUUAGACCUGCUAAUACAGACCAGCCCGAACCAAUAUUGGACCUGAGAGAGAGAGAUGGGACACUUAACUAGGGCCAAGGAGGGGCAUGGAGGAGCCAAAGUUGGUGAAAAUUGAAAUCCACUUCAUGGGUUUCAACUUUCAAUAUAAUUGGAUCGGAAGUUGGGCAAGAGUAGAAGAACAAAGUGAAGACAAAGGAGAAGAGACUACAAGAGAAUCCCAUAAUCCUUCCUUCCCGCCGGCUGCCGCUUACCCGCCAGCACACUCCCUUCCAAAAUCCCAGCUUCUGUUUCUCCAUCUCUCCGAUUUUAGAUCUUCCUUUUCGUUUCUGUACUCACUUUAUCGUACACACUGCUGCUCAAUUUUAAUGGCGAAGAGAACACCGCAAAGCCAGAUAAACACUGCAAACAUUAGUAAUUCUAGUAUCAUCAACGACGAACCCACAAGAGUGAAAAGAACGAGGAAGAGUGCCCCAAGAGAAUCUCCCCCUCAACGUAGCUCCAUCUUCCGUGGAGUCACAAGGCAUCGUUGGACUGGUCGAUAUGAAGCUCAUCUGUGGGAUAAGAAUUGCUGGAAUGAAUCCCAGAACAAAAAAGGAAGACAAGUCUAUCUUGGGGCCUACAACGAAGAGGAAGCAGCAGCACAUGCGUAUGACUUGGCAGCACUGAAGUACUGGGGACAAGAUACCAUCCUCAACUUUCCGAUAUCAACAUACCAAGAAGAGCUAAAGGAAAUGGAGGGUCAGUCAAAGGAAGAGUACAUUGGAUCACUGAGGAGGAAAAGCAGUGGUUUUUCUAGGGGAGUCUCCAAAUACAGAGGGGUUGCAAGACAUCACCAUAAUGGAAGGUGGGAAGCUCGAAUUGGCAGAGUUUAUGGUAACAAAUACCUGUACCUUGGAACAUAUGCCACCCAAGAGGAAGCUGCGAUUGCAUACGACAUGGCAGCAAUCGAGUACCGGGGACUUAACGCCGUUACUAACUUCGACCUCAGCCGUUACAUCAAAUGCCUCAGACCCAAACCCGACGACUCGGAGAACAAACCCAACCCUGACUCUAAUCCGGACCAAAACCCUGAUCACGAGCACGAACCGAGCUUCCUCCACCACCAGAACUCUGGCGACGGCGGCCAGACCGUAGUUAACGCAAUGCCUUCCGACGUCGAUACUAACUCAUCGACGUUGGGGCUUCUUCCUCAGUCUCCGAAGUUCCAGGAGAUGCUCGAGAGGAAAGCGACGGCCGAUAGCCCAUCUACUCCGCCGGAAUCCGACCCUGAUCCACGUCGAUUUAGCUUCCCUGACGACAUACAGACCUACUUUGAGAGUCAUGAUUCCAGCAGUUACGCGGACAGUGACGAUGUAAUCUUCGGCGAUUUGGACUUGUUCGUGCCGUCGAUCUUACAAAACCACUGUUCUUAAUACUUGAUUAGGAAAAAAAUUAGGGUUUAGUAGGCUUUGCGAGAUGUGAAUACAGAGAAAAGGCGGUGACAAACCCUAGCAUUAGAAAAAAGGAUAGAAAAUAAUGCAAAAACAAAGAAAAUAAAUAAUAUAUUUGGGCGUAAUUUCUUCUUCUAAGCUAUGUUCAUGAAAGGGAGCUCACUAGUUUUCAGUUAAUUUUAUGUAGAAGUUUUAGAAAGAGACGAAUUUAUUUAGGGGAUCCUUCAACUAAUAAGGCAAUUGUCACUUGUGACUUGUGAGCUCUAUUUUUUCUAAUUUCUGUUAUUUUUCCUUUUUAAUUUUUU